AUGAAAGCUGAUGAGUGGUUGGAGCAAUUGGUCAAGUCCUUUGAGAUCUUGGACAUUCGAGAAAAUGAAUUGCGGAUGGCAUUAGCGGCCUACCAGUUGAAGGAGGAGACCGGGCAAUGGUGGAAAUCCAUAAAGAAUAGGGUUGAACGUACUUGGGAAGCAUUUGUGCAAGCUUUCCAAGAUAAAUUCCUCCCUCCCACGGCUAGGGAGCGGUUGAGGAAGCAGUUUGAGUUAUUACAAUUAGAUACACCAAUGGCGGAGUUUGAAGCCAAAUUUGCUAGCCUCUCACGUUUUGCACCUGAAUUAGUGGCAAUGGAAGAACGAAGGUGCCUUGAAUUUGAGAAAAGGUUAAGUUCGAAGAUCCUGAUGAAGGUGGUUGGCAAUAUGAUACAUGAUUAUGACUGUUUAGUUGAAGCGGAAGCUCAUGUGGAGAUUACUGUAGAGGCCGAAGAGGCAAGACAGAGAUUGAAGAGAGUAGGACAUUCGGAUGCUAGGGGUGAUACGAGUUCUUCAAAGAGGUUGAGGGGUUCGUCAUCAUCCUUUCAAUUGCCUCCACCACAAGCCAAAUCCUCUAGUUCUGUGAUGAGUGGAAGUUCGGGAAGCAUGACCCGAGUAGCUGGUGCCUAUUAUAGAUGUGGCCAAACAAGUCACAAGGCUGCAGAGUGCGGACAGAAAAGUGGAGCACGGUCCCAACCUAUGUGUUCGCAGGGUUAA